AUGUCAGCCUUCAAACAUUACGCCCAAGCCCAAUCCAAAUUCGAAAUCCCCCAUCUCGCAGGCGGAAACACCUUCAUCGGCGACAUCCACUCCACGCCCGACGGCGCCGAAAAGCCCAUCACAAGCGGCCUCUUCCGCGUGAACAAAGGCGAGCCCUUGACGUACACGUACAAGUACGACGAGACCAAGAUCAUUCUCGAGGGAAACUUUGUGCUUGAAGACUCAACAGGACAAAAGGUUGAGGCUAAGGCCGGGGAUGUCUUUUUUAUUCCUAAUGGUGCAACUAUUACCUUCUCGUCGCCGGAUACGGGGUUGGCUUUUUACUCUGGGGCUAGGAAGUUCAAUGAUCUAUGA